CACAUUUCAUUUUCUGUUCUUGGGCUUUUGUUUUCUCUCUUGUUCACCAUUCCACACUUUUUUUAUUUUUUUUACAGUGUUCUAAGGAAAGCAAGAUUAGACAAAUUCGUAUUCAUUUUUUCUUGACUGCUUUGAAUUUAUCAGUAGCAGUACAGUGUGAUUGGAGGUGGGCAGCAGUGUACAGUGUGACUCUGUGAACAUCAGGUUUUUGGGCAUUAGUUCAUUAAGAAUCUACAACUACGAGCCAUGGAUACGGGAAAGGCAAUGGCCUCUGGGGUCACAGUAAUCGCCCCUGGAGCUCCAUCCACCUAUCAUAUGGCUCCAAGAAUCGAGAAUUCUGAACUUGGAACAUCGCAAAUGAGUUCACCGUUGAUGACUCCAGGCUCUGAGAGGAAGAAGAGAGGCAGACCUAGGAAGUAUAAACCUGAUGAAUCAUCAAGCAGGACGUUCUCUUCAGUGCAAGUUUCAUCUUCAGCUCCACCGGCCUCAGGCAAGGCCUACACGGAGGAGGAUAAGCUGAAUGUUGCACGGCCUAUGAAUUCUGAGAAAAAACAUAAGAGCAAAAUUGGAACGGAAAAAUUAGAUGAUUGGGUUGAUUGCUCUACAGGUUCAAGUUUUUUGCCACAUGUGAUCACCGUCAAUACUGGCGAGGAUAUAUCCACAAAGAUAAUGGAGUUCUCUCGAGAAGGGCCUCGAGCUGUCUGCAUAAUAUCUGGUAGUGGAACGGUGUCAACUCUAACAAUUCGACAUCCCAGUUCCUCCGCGGGCAUUACGACUUAUGAGGGUCUUUUUGAAAUUCUUUCUUUUUCUGGAUCCUUCACACCAAUGGAGAUGCCAGACCCCAGAUCUGGCACAUCGGGCAGGAUGACCAUAACUUUGUCGGGUGCCGAUGGUCGUGUUGUGGGCGGUUUAAUUGCUGGAUUGACAUUAGCUGCCAGUCCUGUGAAGGUUGUUGUUGCGAGUUUUCUAUUGGGCAGUCCUCACGAGCUAAAACCUAAGAAGCACUUCACAGUCGAUGCAUUGGGUCCAAAUGGUGCCGCAGCUUCCAAUGCAGAGAAGAGGAGCUCCGACAAUGUACAAGGGCCGGGCUACUCGAUUUCUGACAACCCGACUAGUUGGGCAGCAAUGCAAACUGCAGAGAGGUCGAGGAAGUCUAAAGCAGACAUCAAUAUAUCUUUACAGGGCUAGUCUCCUACGUGGAAAUCAUUAUUUUCUAAUGUUACUAUGUAUAUCUGGGAAACAAAUGUGCAAGAGACCUCGGAGAUUAUGUGCUGUUCUGGAAGUGGUACUCUUUCAAUUAUUGAACAUUUGCUAAUUGUGAUGAUGUACAUGUGAGGUUGAUUUCAUUUGUAUUUGUGUAUUGAUACUCACCUUAUCUCAUGUAAUGUUCCUAUACUGUCAUGAUGUUAUAAGAUUUGGAAAAUUUUAUUACA